CCACCUGGGAAACUGAUAUUCGCCCAACUACACGCGUUCCCUCUUUAAGAAUGUCGACUUAUCCUCUUAACUCCAUUGUUUUUACGAUCUGCCGCUCUCUUGUGUAAUCCAGAUGAGGUCCUCGCCUGUUCCAGCACAUGGCGCUGUGGCCAGUAAUAUUUAGGAAGAUUCUGCCCAUUUGAAACUGGAAAGAUUUCAUUUAAGCUGCGGCUUUAAUGACGUUUCCUUUACGUGGGCAUUCACUUCUCCGCCCGGUUGCGUUUGCUGAUUAUUUUUCCCUUCCCUCUCUUUCUCUGUUGGAUCCCCGGCAGCUCCCUCUCCCACCCAAACUCCUCGCAUACCCUCCCAUGCUACCGAACCAACAAGGGUUCCUCCUAUUCCCUUUCGCUGGUGAUGCUGAUCGAAUGCCUGGGACUGCUCACGCUGCAGACCAUUAGCUGUGAUGUGAAUUUCUCCUGAUUUUAUUUUGACUGAUUGUCAGUUCCCAUGGAGCAGGACGUAGAGAGCUCUGUGGCUGCUCAGCAGCCAAAGCUGCCGAAACAAGUGCGAGAGGAUGCCCCAAAACAAAUAGCCACAGACAAUCACCCCGUCAAAAGGAGUAUCCAGAGGUACGUGCGCAAGGACGGAAAAUGUAACGUUCACCAUGGGAAUGUCAGGGAGCGGUACCGUUACCUAACUGAUAUCUUCACUACAUUAGUGGACUUAAAGUGGAGGCUGAACCUACUCAUUUUUGUCAUGGUCUAUACCACCACUUGGCUUUUCUUUGGAAUGAUCUGGUGGCUUAUUGCCUACAUACGAGGGGACCUGAACCACAUAGGGGACUCUACUUGGGUGCCCUGUGUUAACAAUCUCAAUGGCUUUGUCUCAGCAUUUCUCUUCUCAAUAGAGACUGAAACUACCAUCGGAUAUGGGUACAGAUUCAUCACAGACAAGUGUCCUGAAGGUAUCAUUUUGCUCCUGGUCCAAUCUGUCCUGGGAUCAAUAGUCAAUGCCUUCAUGGUUGGUUGCAUGUUUGUGAAAAUAUCGCAGCCCAAUAAGAGGGCUGAAACGCUGGUCUUCUCCACACAUGCUGUGAUCUCUGUACGUGAUGGGAAGUUGUGCCUAAUGUUCCGAGUUGGGGACCUGAGGAAUUCACACAUUGUGGAGGCUUCAAUUCGUGCCAAACUAAUCAAAUCAAGGCAAACCAAGGAAGGAGAGUUCAUCCCACUCAAUCAAACAGACAUAAACGUUGGCUACGACACAGGGGAUGACCGUCUCUUUUUAGUCUCACCACUAAUAAUCUGCCAUGAGAUCAAUCAGCAGAGUCCAUUCUGGGAAAUCUGCAAAGCCCAGAUGGCUAAGGAAGAGGUGGAGAUUGUAGUAAUCCUUGAAGGAAUGGUGGAGGCGACAGGUAUGACAUGCCAAGCACGGAGUUCAUAUGUUACCAAUGAAAUUCUGUGGGGUUACCGCUUCAUGCCUGUCCUAUCGUUGGAGGAAGGAUUUUAUGAGGUUGAUUACAACAACUUUCAUGAGACCUAUGAGAUAAAGACACCGGUCUGUAGCGCCAAAGAGUUGGCAGAGAUGAGCAGCAAAGCGGAACUGCCCCUCACCUGGUCAGUCUCCACCAAACUAAACGAGGAGGAGGAGGAGGAAGAGGAAGAGGAGGAGGAGGAGGGGGGGGAGGCGCAACCAGAGGACAAACACCAUGAGGAGCAAUCCGAGCAGAACGGCGAGGUUACAAACUUAGAAAACGAAUCCAAAGUAUGAAUUGGAAGAAACGUCUUGUUUGCCUCAAGAGAAACGGGAAUUUCAUGUUUCUGUGCGUGCAGUAGUGAAGGGAAUCAGAGUGUGAAGCAUCCAUCUGCCCAACUCACUGAAGAUUUACAUGUUUGAACAAAAAUAAUUGAUUAGGGAAAUGAACAGUUGGGGGGUGGGGGGUGCAGGGGAGGUGGGAUCAGCCUGAAUUAACAGGGCAGAAUUUGGUUUGCAAGGGAAUUUUUAACCACUUAAUAUAGACACGAAAUUAAAAUAGAGUGUGACUAAAAAGCCUCAAUAGAGCGUACUUGGAUUCAGAAGCUAUUUAGAAUUUGCUGUUUUAAAUGCUGCAAUAGCAAACUGUCAGCUUUUUAAAGUAUCCAACCUUUAAAUAGUAAGAAUUAUACACAUGUAUUUCUAAUGGUCUGCUGUAAAGUGAAUACAGCUAAAUUAUCCCUUUCUAUGUUUAAUACACGUGUCUCUGUAUAUACUAGACUGUUCAGAUAGAGACAUUAUUAGAUUCAGACAAGAUCUCAGGAAGGAUGCUGGGCAGGUGGAAGAUGUUGCACAUUUAAAGAGGCUUUGCUAUAUUUUCACUGGAGCUACCACAAGAACUAUUUUUGGAUGUUGUUUACGAGUGGCUCUCUUUUGUAAACCCUUUGUAAUUUCCAACACUACUUUCUUUAGAAAGAGGAGCCCAGCAUCCAUUCAAAGAAAACGAUAUUAAAUCAACGGCUUUUCACUUUUACACCCCACCCACCCAGUCGGGAGGUCUGUUUGAUCAUGGAAACUCUUAUUAAUAUAUGAGCAUCAAGCAGUGACUGAAACACAUGUUGCAAAGUUUAGCUGCACAUCAGCAAAGAUAGUGUUGCCCUACAGCACGGGAAUGUGACAAAAAAUGUAAAGCAAACACUGGGACUUGGGAAAGAUGAUUCGAAUAAAACAGGCUUGUUUUUCAUCAGUGGGACAGCUUUUACUAAAACUAGAUAAGUGACCGGGGGUGGGGGGGAAAGAGGGGUUGCUAUCUAAAACGUCAACCAACUUUCCUUUUUCCAAAUGGAGAAGUAUUUCAGCAUUUUGACAUUUUUCAAGGAUUGAAAGAAGUCAUUAUAAAACAAGCACAUAUGGCUAUACAAAUCUUCAAUACAUUGCUGGAUAAAUAUACACAACAUAGAAGGCAUCUUAUGGAUUGUUUUGAAGUUUUCAAAACUCGUACAGAAAUUGUGUACUUCAAAGCCGAGCAUCAGUUUGAGAUGGUUUGACUUAAAUCAGUGUUGAGUGUGUGGUGCUGGAGAAGCACAGCAGGUCAGGCAGCAUCCGAGGAGCAGGAGAGUUGAUAUU